AUGCAGCCGUCGACGUGCUACACACUUCAUGACGCCUACGAUCAGCAAGCUGCCUCCACGCCAGACGCCGUUGCGGUUGUCGGCUGGGGUCGCUGCCGGUUCCAGCUGACCUAUGGCGAGGUUUCGGCGAAGUCGAAAGCACUGGCUUCCACAUUGUCCAAGAUCCGACAUAGAGAGGAGAGUGGCGGUGCCGCCUCGGUGAACUGGACCGUAGUCGCCAUCCACCACUCACGGGAGGACCCCGACUUCCUCCCUACGCUGCUGGCCGCGAGCCGCUGUGGACAACGUUUUGUAUUGUUGAGCCGGGAUCUCACCGACGAGAAGCUCCAGCGAUCUCGGAACGAGUUCGUGCUGCACGCGCUUCGACCCUGGCUGGUCAUCGGCGGAGAUAGCAACGGCGAGGCGCACUGCGCUGUGCCUCGACUGGCUGGGCGCCCAGCUCUGUUGAGGGAGGGUUCAGGGCUGAAGACUUUCAGGAAGGCCCCCUAA